CAUGAGACACAGGUGGUGUCUUUCUGGUGAAGGCUGAAACAAUGGCUGCUGUUGGGGCGUUGUUGGUUUGUGUGCUGACCGUCUGGAUUUUUAAAGGCUCUUGUUUGCCAAUUGGUGGAACAACUGAAUUACAUGGAAAUGGCGUAAACAUGAAAAUGGAAGAGCAGUUUACUAAUGAUAUUGACAUAAAGAAGGCCCUGGGACUCUUCCAGUCAAUGGAGGCCAUGUUGAUGGAUUCUGCUAAAGAAGUGCUACUGGAAACAAAUGAAGUGGAAGUGUUGGUUGGCCGCCCGAUAAAACACAUGGCCCGCCUUGAUGAUGCAGAGGUGGGCAGCAAUGAGACAGCCCUGUCCGACCAACAGGCUGGCGGCAACAAGAAUGAGACGGCCCUGUCCGACUACCAGGCUGGCAGUGACAACCCCACCAACAAGACAGCCCUGUCCUGCCAACAGGCUGGCAGUGACAACCCGACCAAUGUGACGGCCCUGUCCGACCAACAGGCUGGCGGCGACAACCCGACCAAUGUGACGGCCCUGUCCGACCAACAGGCUGGCGGCGACAACCCGACCAAUAUGACGGCCCUGUCCGACCAACAGGCUGGCGGCGACAACCCGACCAAUGUGACGGCCCUGUCCGACCAACAUGCUGGCGGCGACAACAAUGUGACGGCCCUGUCCGACCAACAUGCUGGCGGCGACAACAAUGUGACGGCCCUGUCCGACCAACAGGCUGGCGGCGACAACCCGACCAAUGUGACGGCCCUGUCCGACCAACAGGCUGGCGGCGACAACCCGACCAAUGUGACGGCCCUGUCCGACCAACAGGCUGGCGGCGACAACCCGACCAAUGUGACGGCCCUGUCCGACCAACAUGCUGGCGGCGACAACAAUGUGACGGCCCUGUCCGACCAACAGGCUGGCGGCGACAAGAAUGUGACGGCCCUGUCCGACCAACAGGCUGGCGGCGACAACCCGACCAAUGUGACGGCCCUGUCCGACCAACAUGCUGGCGGCGACAACAAUGUGACGGCCCUGUCCGACCAACAGGCUGGCGGCGACAAGAAUGUGACGGCCCUGUCCGACCAACAGGCUGGCGGCGACAAGAAUGUGACGGCCCUGUCCGACCAACAGGCUGGCGGCGACAACAAUGUGACGGCCCUGUCCGACCAACAGGCUGGCGGCGACAAGAAUGUGACGGCCCUGUCCGACCAACAGGCUGGCGGCGACAAGAAUGUGACGGCCCUGUCCGACCAACAGGCUGGCGGCGACAAGAAUGUGACGGCCCUGUCCGACCAACAGGCUGGCGGCGACAAGAAUGUGACGGCCCUGUCCGACCAACAGGCUGGCGGCGACAAGAAUGUGACGGCCCUGUCCGACCAACAGGCUGGCGGCGACAAGAAUGUGACGGCCCUGUCCGACCAACAGGCUGGCGGCGACAAGAAUGUGACGGCCCUGUCCGACCAACAGGCUGGCGGCGACAAGAAUGUGACGGCCCUGUCCGACCAACAGGCUGGCGGCGACAACAAUGUGACGGCCCUGUCCGACCAGCAGGCUGGCGGCGACAACCCCACCAAUGAGACGGCUCUGUCCGACCAGCAGGCUGGCGGCGACAAGAAUGAGACGGCCCUGUCCGACCAGCAUGCUGGCGGCCACAAGAAUGAGACGGCCCUGUCCGACCAGCAUGCUGGCGGCCACAAGAAUGAGACGGCCCUGUCUGACCAGCAGGCUGGCGGCAACAACAGCACUUCCAGUGGUUGGCCCAAACAAAGUGUUAAGGAGGUUGUUGGAAAAGCUACACAGGAGAUUGAAGAUGAUUCAGCAGCAGCGGUUGGAAAAAGUAGAGACACUUCAGAUUUGGGAAUCUUGGGAGUGACUCAUCUGCAUCCACAUCAGAGUCAUUCAUGAUCACCAUACAACAUGUAUAACAAAGGGGGGUAGGUUUUAGGAACCAUGCAAGAGUCCAUUGGGCAUCUAAUGGCCCUUUUCUACUAACACUAGAGCACAAUCAGUCAAGAAAUGUGUUGACAUGUUUCUACAGUUUAUUGACGUUAGUUGAUGCUGUCGUUUAUAUUCAUGUGUAGAGUGAGCCAGUUCUGGAAAGUUUGGCACAUUUCUAGUGGGAAAGGGGAUAAGAUGUAUCUGCAUGUACCAGUUUAUCUGUCUCUGCUUUGAAUAAAACUCUAAACUAGAU